AUGAAGCAGACGCAGUCCCUGGCCAAGUUAACCAAGUGGGUGAUCCAGGGCUGCCGGAUUGUGCAACUGAGUCUGCAGGCAGCGUUGGAGGCGUCCCAAGGGGGCCAUGAGCACGUUCAACACAGCAUUACUUUACAUAAUAAGGGAGGCCUGGCAAUCAUCUGGCAUCUGCUUGCGGCCGAAACGUGGCGCCUUCACCUGCUGCCUUUGCUGCGUCGCCAAGAGCCAGCGCCGACUUCCUCGCUGCCAUUCAUGCUUGUGCUCCAGACGGAAACCUCCGCUAUGACGCUGGUCGAGUGCCUGGCCUUCCACGAGGACGCAGCCGAGGCUCUCGACGGCCUCUCCUUGGACGUAAUCGACUACUGCGUCAGACAACUGACGGACGUCGCGGCGUUCUCGCAGGCGGAGCAGCAGCCCCUCUUCUCUCCACAGGAAGCUCUUCACACUCUCACAGAGACCAGUAAACAAGGACCUGGGAGUGAUGCAUGCCACGGGGGCCACGAGGGCCACGAGGGCCACGAGGGCCACGAGAGCUACGCUGAGGUGGCGCGAGAGGAGCAGCGUGUCCGCCUGAUGCUCGGCUGCCGCGCGGCGUCUGUGCUGCAGCUGCUGUCUUCGUGCCGGCGGCGCCUCCCCCUGUGCGCCACGACGCGCCUCGCCGUCACGCACGACGUGGUGCAGCUGCUGGCGUCCCUGCUCUGCGCGUCGCCGUGGAAGACGCAUUACCGAGGGAAGCCCUACGUCUUCCAAGACGGCCAGUGGGCGGAGCAGGGCGCCGAGGGCCAAGACGGUGGCCCUGCCCUCACCCGCACGGAGUGCCAGAUCUGGGCGACGCUUCACACACUCUUGAUGGACCCGGAGACGCUGGCCUUGUACGAGAUCAACAGCAGACGCCGCUCCGCCCUUCUGAAGCUGCGGGGCCUCCUCAACGACGCCGCCCUAGCGCAGGUGCCCGCCCUCGAGCCGCUGGCCAGGUGGCUGGCGAGCCUGGCCUUCACCACCCCCCAGGCCCCCCGGCCCCCGCCGCUCGUCACCUCCGUCGCACAGCUGGGCGAGAGUGUGGCCGGGGCAUGGCGUGGGCGCUGGCCACGGCUGGCGGGCCUCUUGGGGCCGAGGUUCCUCACGCCCACGCCCGACGCCCUCGCAGCCCUGGCCACGCACAUGGCCGCCGCCUGGGACCUCGAGGCGCUCGAGGCGCUGCUGCCGGACACGCCCGCCUGCGCCGCCUGCGGGAGCCCGGCCGGCCGCAGGUGCUCCAGGUGCCACGCGAACUGGUACUGCAGGAGAGAUUACAAGUGCAUUGGGCUGGGCAAACCAGCCCAAGUCAUUGAGAGUCGCAAGCCUGGGAAAUAG